GAAAACAGCGCUGUUGACGGUUGUCAAAUUGAGGCUGAGUGGAGGUGCCGGAGGGAAAGCAGCAUGUCACAUAACGGCUUUCUCUGAGAGAAUUACACCUUUUAUUUUGACUGCAGAUAGUUUUAUAGUCAGAGAAUGCGUCAGGACUGCAACUAAAUCGCCUCUUUCUCGUUUUCCAACCAAACUAACGUCGGUCGUUGUCGCCACAGAAGCCGCCGACCGAGGCAGCUUUCUCCGUCCAAACGGUCAUUUCAGCGGUCUUGCACUUUUACUUUUCGCCUCCUCAAGACAACCAUGAACACCAACGACGCCAAGGAAUACCUCUCCCGAAGAGAAAUACCACAGCUGUUUGAGAGUUUGCUGACAGGUUUGAUGUACUACCGUCCAGACGACCCUAUAGACUAUCUGGAGUGCUGUUUGAAGAAGGUCAGGGAGCUGGGAGGGACCGAGAAGGUUCGGUGGGACACCUUUGUGGGGCAGGAGAAGAAAUCCCUGCCACCGCUUAAUGGUGGCCAAUCACGACGGUCUUUCUUCCGAAACGUUUUGCCGGACAGUCCCAAUUUCCCUUAUCGAAGGUAUGACCGGCUGCCGCCCAUCCAUCAGUUCUCUAUUGAGAGUGACUCUGACCUGUCUGAAACGGCCGAGCUGAUUGAGGAGUACGAAGUCUUCGACCCCUCCCGGCCACGGCCCAAAGUCAUCCUCAUAAUUGGUGGACCAGGCAGUGGUAAAGGCACACAAAGCUUGAAGAUCGCUGAGCGUUAUGGCUUUGAGUAUGUCUCCGUGGGUGAACUGCUUAGGAAGAAGAUGAUCCACAAUGCCACCAGCAACAGAAAGUGGAGUCUGAUCGCCAAGAUCAUCACUAAUGGGGAACUGGCUCCACAGGAGACAACCAUCACUGAGAUCAAGCAGAAGAUCAUGAAGAUACCAGAUGCAAAUGGCAUAGUCAUAGAUGGCUUCCCCCGGGAUGUGGGACAGGCGCUUUCUUUUGAAGAUCAGAUUUGUACUCCAGACCUGGUGGUCUUUCUGGCCUGUUCCAAUCAGCGUCUAAAGGAGCGCCUAGAAAAGCGAGCGGAGCAGCAAGGUCGCCCCGAUGACAACCCCAAAGCUACCGAGCGACGACUGGCCAACUUUAAACAAAAUGCUGUCCCACUGGUGAAAUAUUUCCAGGAGAAGGGUCUCAUCGUCACGCUGGAUGCAGACCGAGAUGAGGAAGAAGUUUUCUAUGACAUCAGCAUGACGGUGGACAACAAGCUGUUCCCCACCAAAGAACCUGUUGCAGGCCCCAGUGAGCUUGAUCUGAGUCUGCUAGCAGACAGCACCAGCUUGGCAGAGGUGCCCUCCAAAUUCGACGAGCAGGCUGCUGAGGAAGAGCUGGGAUACACAGAGCAGAGUGAAGAAAGUUUUCCCGUGGAGAAGAAGAAACCAAAGGUCAUCUUCGUGAUUGGUGGUCCCGGCUCAGGGAAAGCUCUGCAAUGCGAGAAGAUUGAGGAGCAGUACGGGUUGAGGCGCCUGUGUCCCGGAGACAUCCUGUGCAGUGAGUUGCAGUCCCACAGCGAGAGAGGACGAUUCCUCAGAGACGUCCUCGAGAGGGGAGAACAGCUUCCUCAGGACACACUGUUGGACCUUCUGUGUGAGUCUAUGGAGUCUACAGUGCGACACGGGAAAGGCUUCCUGGUCAGCGGAUUCCCACGGGACCUGAGGCAGGCAGAGGAGUACGAGGCUAAGAUGGGGCAGCCGAGCGUGGUUUUGCUGUUGGAGUGCUCUGCAGACAUCAUGAGCCACCGUCUUCAGCAGAGGACCUGCUCCAGCCUGCGUUCGAGAGAGGCCCGGGACAGGGACGCCCGCCGCCGGGUCGACAGCUUCUGCAGCAGCGUCACCCCCGUCAUCAACCACUACGAACACACAGGCGUCCUGCGCAGGAUUGAUGCCGAACAGCCCCCUGACGAGGUGUUUGAGCAGAUAUGCCUGGCCCUGGACUCUUGCUAAAGACCAGAACCGCACAACUGCCCCCUGCUGGACCAAACAAUCACCUGCAGCGCCACAGCACACAAACCUCUAUCACGAACCCCACACACCGUACACAGCUAUCCACAAAAGCAGGGCAAGGACAUCUGCCAGCACCUUGUGACGUCUCUCAACGUCUUGCCACUCUUCUUCCUCGCUGUACAUAGCAGCUCAACGAAAACCGCCUGCAGAGACACGAAACACACCCGCCUGCUUGUUGUUAAAGAACUCCGUGCAAACGCUGCCUCUCCAGGCUACAGUUCUUCAGCUCCAUCUAGUUUGAAGAGAGUUCAUUCCUAUAUCCUGCUGUUCAUGCUACUCCAGCCACACUGCACUCCUGCAUUUAUAUUAAAGUGGAGCGAAAAGCUUUUCCUCUUUUUUUUUGUUUUCCAUUCAUUUUCUAAGGAGACAGGCAGCAGUGCUGUGCAAAGGCAUUGUGGGAGUAGCAGUGGAAGAGUAAGCAUAGAGAGUGGAAAUAAAUUGCUGAACUUUAUGCAAAUGAGAAGCUAAUUUCGCCAGCCAAUGAUAUUACAUAGAGAGGUGCAUUUCAUCAUGUUGCACAGUCAAAAACAUUGAAAUCAGUGCAGAGAACAUGGAGAAACUAACAGGAGAUAAUGACAAACACGGAGAUUAAUAUAUCUUAAACAUCCAAGGGGAGAUUAUUAUUAUUAUCCUUAGCAUUAUUUGAAUUUUUUCAUUUUUAAGAAUUAUUUUUGGCCUGUUGUCAGCUUCUUUGCAGCUCAGAAGUAGCCCACACCUUCGCAUACACUACUGCUUCUUUAAACCUGCUUUCAUUUCAUCUCCCCCAAAGCAGCCAGCGAUUAGAGGGAAGUGAUUUGCAUUGCUGUAAUGUAAACGCAGCCGAAGAUAAGCAGCUGAGCAAGUUCAACAACAUCUUAUCAGCACUAUUUACUACAACCUGCAGGAAGGGAAGCAGCACAGAGAGCAGAUGGACAUCUCCUGUCGCGUCUCCUCACACAUCCUAGUGCACUAAAGCAUGCCAGAAUAGCAGUAUGAUCAAUAAGCCAACCGCUUUUUGUGUAUUUAAUGAAAAGACAUUCAGGCUUUGUAUUUGCUGUCUGUCUGGCUACAGGCUUAAGGAACGGAUGAGUUUCACCUUGAAGUCUGGUUGUUGUGUUCCUUCUGAAACGUCUGGAUGAAAUAAAACCAUUUCAUAUGUAAAAAAAUCAGUUCUUAUGAGAGUUUUGAAGACCGUGGGAUGUGAAGUAUGAGGCUGUACACAUGGACUGAUACAGAAGCAAGAGGAUGAUGACAUGUAAGCAAUGAUUCUCAAUAAAUUGUUUUGCAUCUGAA